AAUAAAACAAAAGUGAAUUGCAAUUUACAUAUGUAAACCAAUUCGAUCUCAAAUGGCGAGUUGUAAUUUGAAAUGGACUUUUAUAUCUUCUUUUCAUCAUCAAGGAAACUCGAACCAAAUUAGUUACAUGCGAUACAUCAAAUGACUGAAUAUCUUCCCCCUGUUAACCAGUAUCGUAUUUCACGUUUCGGUUUCUUUGUUAUUCACCAGAACACCCGAUGUUCGUCACAUAAAAUGUUUAAUGAGAGAAUUGUUAGAGAUGGAUUUACAUCUGAAGUUUCACGUGCUGUGUUCUUAUUUCAGUGUCUUGAUAUUAGAGUGUCUUAGUGAAGAACACGUGAAAAUAUGGAAACCAAACAACGACAUUCUAAACAGGGAAAAUUGGGUCGAUCCUAAUUCCAAUGAAAAGUGCAAAAAAGUCGAAUUUGGAGAAACGAAUACAGCAUCGAUUUAUAUUAAAGAGCUUACUGCUAGCGAAUUUCUACUUCCCCUAGACGGAAAUCUAAUUUUUUUGGAUGAUGGUGAUAUGAAGGUGGUCGAUGAAGAUUUCAAGGGAAACACAAAUUGUUUGAAGUUGAAAGGACUGACAAGUCACUUAUACUCCGAUCCCAGAAAUUGGGAGAGUGACGUGGCUGACAAUCCUGCAGUUCCUGAUAGAGAAAAACUACCAUGUAGAGAUGAUCUCAUAAAAUUCCCUAACGAGAUCUACUCUUCGAUUGGUGAUAUGGUUGGGCUUCACAUCGUUUCAGCCAUUGCAAUGGGGAAUGUUACUCAUGAUUUCAAUACCGCUGUAGAUGUGAAUCCUUCUGCUCGAUUAGUAGUCUCCAAGAGGAAAUGUUUCGACCCUGAAGGAUGCGUGUGCAACGAUGCAUCAAUGGAUUGUCCUCCUGCGAAAGAACCUGAAUGUUUGGCCCCAAUUCAUCCCAAAGGAUUCUGCCAUUCUAUUUGCGGGGCUUACACUACAUUCAAACCAGCACCUGGGUUUUCUCUGAAGAAAGUAAGAGAUGCCCUGGAGGAAUAUAGUGACGUCUACACUCACGUCAGCAAAGUGGAUGACGAUGUUAUUCAAGUGGUUUUCGCUGAGAAAGGAUACUCUGGGGAUAGCGUGUUAUACGCUGAUAAAUUUUAUGAAAAACUACAGGAGAAACAUGAAGAUUUCAAGAUAAUGGAAUUGAAGAGUUUGAAGAAAUCUGGAUCACAAACGACUGGAAACGCAUCUGUUGUAUCUGAAUUAAUAUUGAGUUUACUUUUCGUUCUUGGACUAUUCGGCCUGAUCUUUUGUGUUUAUGGAGACCGCAGAUGGUUGACCAAUUUCCGUUUCAGGAACCCAUCCACAUUUCCUCUUACUUCUACCUACAGAGCGAGAUUUAGCAGUAGAGAUGAUGAAAGUGGACUGAUUUUUGAUACUCAAUCAAUUGCGGGAUCAGUCUUGAAUCUGCGCCAGUCUUUCGACAACCCCAUGUUUAGCGAAGAUAAGACGGAUGAUCAGAAAAAGACUGAUACAUGUGAAGCAUCUAACUCAGAAGAGAAACCUAUCGAAAAGAACGAUCCACUUUUCAACCUAAAAAGACUUAAUGAGGAGCUAAAAGAUGAAAUAGGUUCGGACAUUAUGCAGGAUUUACCACAAGCUAUCAAUUUGAAAACAUCUUUAGUAAAUGAUAUUCCUCCUUUGAUUGAAGUUGAAGAGAUAGAUGGGGAAUAAAAUUGGAGUGAUUAGACGAAAAAAUUAAUAUAC